AUUAGUGUUCUUAUAUUUCUAAUUGCAUUUAGAGAGAGGUUCGGAUUUGAUUUGUAAUGUCUGAAACGUUUGCAUUCUGUGUAGUUUUUGGAGGAGGGAGAAGAAAACAGAUGAAUAUGCUUGAAUUUUAUAGUAUUUUUAUAUGUUUUCUCUUUCUCUCCAAUCAUUCAUGAGGAGGGCUAUCGAUGAGGCCUUACAGGCUUACAGUAUACUAUUUCAAGAAAACAAAUAAAAAGAGUAUCUGCUCUGCCUUUUUGGAUAGCUGGGGACCUUUGUCCCUUAUGUUAGUCAUGGCAGCAUCGUAAGCGACUGAGAAGAUGACCGGUCGGUUUAUCUUAUCUUGAGCUCCUCAAAAUGUGUUUGAAUGGACCACAGAAUUGUUCGCUUUCAAUUCGGUUUUCUGGUCUGUCUUUGUUCAUGUACUGGCAGUUGCUCGCUUGCGUCUAAUUUCAAUUUUGCGUUCCGCAAGAUAGGAAGUUUCGUUUGGUUUUACUCUAGUCUAGUAUAGACCACACCUCGGUUUUCGGAAAUUGGCUUCCUGGAUAAAAGAUAACUCAAAUCUCGGAUUUUAAUAUUGAAGACAUAAGAAAAAGUAGGGAGGCAAGAAACAAUUUGACCCCUAGCCAUUAUUAUUUCCUUUCUUCUUCUCCAUCAUAUUCGAAUGCAUUUGAGUGGGGCGAUGAGGAUGGCGUUUACACAAGUCAAUUUCAUAUCCUAUCAACCCCUUCCGUAAAAAGAAGUAAAAGAAAAAAGAACGACCUGCCGUGUUUGUGAUCUCCUGUUUCCAUCUAAUAUUGAAGGAUUAGGAUCUUUCCUGUCAUGAGCUAUAUUCAAAGCAAGUAGGAAUACUGCAAAUACAACUGGACCUUCCUGAACCUAUAUGGUUAUAUGGAACGGGCUGAGAUUGAAAGAUAUUUAGAUGAUCAACGAUCCUUGGGUACCUCUGGACGAAUUUCAUUGCGUCAUGCUAGCGAAAGUGUAAAGAUUCAUGAGAAAUUCAAUAAAGAAAGACAUAGUUUUACAUAUGGUGAGAUCCAUGAUAGCCCUCAUAAGGCUUCUAGAAACCAUCAGAAGGAUGUAAUUUCAGGAAAGAUAACCAAGAAGGAUGAAAUUGUAAAAUACAUGUCAAACUUACCUUGCUAUCUUGAACGUGGUGAACACAUCCAGGAGAAAGUUCUUAGUGUAGGGGUUCUUGACUGGGGGCGUCUAGAAAAAUGGCAGCACAAACAAAUAUCAAGCAGAAGUAGCUGGAAUCCACCAGUUAGAAGUAAUGGGUCUUCAUCUGAUAGUCCAUCUCCCCAUUUUAUCAAAGAUCGUAUCUCUCCUCGUCAAAGAUUACAUCGUCCUUCACUGCAGUCUCAUUUGCUAGCUUCUCCUCAUUCUCCAUUUGUUAAAUCCUUUGGAAAAAGUGAUGACAAAUGUCAAAAUCUUGAAUUUGACCGUAUCAACACCUUAAAUGGCCAGUGCAAUCAGCAUUCCUGUAAAACUGAUCAGGAAGUAAAGAUGAAAUGGUCAGAGAGGACAGAUCAGUCAAAAGUUCUUCAAGGCUGUAAAACUCUGCCAGGUUCACUAAACUGUGAGGUUGCAUCUUCUCAGUAUAGGGAGUUUGUUGGAGUAGAGAAAUCUCGUGCACAAGAAGAUUUUGCAGGUAACCAUGACGUCCUGGAAAAACCUGAAGCAACUGUCCUUUUGCCCACGAACUUACUGAAAAACAAUGAUACAGAAGUCCCUGGGCUUUCUGAUUCAACAUUAUUAUUAAGUCAAAAGUCCGAAGAAGCAAGUCAGAAGAGUUGCUCAGUGAAGAGGUCUUCAGUGAAUUUCCCUGCAGAGCUCAAACACGAUAUUCCAAACUCAAGCAAAACACUUUGUGAAGUUAAGGGAAAUCAGUUUCUUCUAAAGCAUAAUUGCACCAUAAAUGCAUUUAAUGCUUCUUGCUCUGUAUCCAGCUUAGCUACUGCAGGACAUAGUCCAUCCAAAGGUAGGAUAUCUGAAGCAAAAACAUCAGUUGUUGCACCUUCAAAUUCAAUGGUCAAGGACGCAUCUAUUGGGUUGGAUCUGAAAGCAAGCACCAGUGCUGUUGAAAAAGCAAGAAGUUCUUCGCCUUUCAGUCGUUUAAGCAUUGGCAUGGGUAGGAGGCGUAAAAGCUCCACUUCCAUGGGGAAUACAUGUGCAAAUGAUCAAGGUCCAACACAAAUAUCAGUCAAAUCUAAAUCAGUGAAUGCUAUGCCUUCCACUUACUCACAUGAUUUGAGGAAUGAGAAACCCAACACUACAAGCAGAGCCAGUUCCAGCCCUCUUCGAAGGUUGCUGGAUCCUUUACUAAAGCCAAAGGCUGCGAUAUAUCAUCAUGCCGUGGAGCCCUUAGAGAAAGACUUAAAUGACAUGGCUGAUAAAACAUAUAAUCGACAGUCAGAUUCAUCAACAGUACAAUUAAGGAAACUGAAGCUUGACAUGAGCAGAUGCAGAAAAAUCAGUGUCAACGAUUCAGCUCUGGACAAGAAGCAUGGACCUUCUGUGGUUCAUGCCUUUCUACAAGUUGCAUUUAAGAAUGGCUUGCCCUUGUUCACAUUUGCAGUGGACAAUAUCUCCAACAUUCUUGCAGCGACGGUGAAGUUAACCAGCUCCAGAAAAGAGAAAGGUAGCUAUAUUUAUACCUUCUUCACCGUUCAGGAAGUCAAAAGAAAGACUGUAAGUUGGAUAAACCAAGGCAGCAAGGGGAAAGGUCGUGAUUAUGUCUCCAAUGUCAUUGCACAAAUGACGGUUUCUGAUUCAGAGAUUUCCCACUUGACCAAACCAGAUGAGCCUUCUAUGAGAGAGUUUGUUCUAUUUUCUGUGGACUUGAGACAGGCAGAUCAGCAGACCUCAGAUUUCCUGCCAAAUGAAGAGCUAGCUGCUAUAAUUAUCAAAAUCCCCUCAAAAAUCAAGCAAGGCACUGAUACAACUGAGGUCAAAAGCUAUGCUUAUAACAACUCUACAGUGGGUGGAUCUAGAGAAUGUUCUCCGGAUGUAAAAAGUUAUCCUUGUUCCAAAGGAAGUGAGCAGGUUCGGCAUCCUGCUGGCAGUGAGUCCUUUAUUAGUACAACAGUUUUACUCCCAAGUGGCAUCCAUAGCCUCCCGAGUAAAGGUGGUCCUUCAUCACUAAUUGAACGUUGGAAUUCUGGUGGUUCAUGUGACUGUGGAGGUUGGGAUUUAGGUUGUAAACUUAGGGUUCUUGCCAAUCAGAAUCAAAUCAUCAAGAAAUCAAGUCCAUCUCAACCUUCAUCGAUAAUGGAUCAGUUUAAGCUUUUCCCUCAGGAAGGAGUACCAGAAAACCAUUGUGUCUUGAGCCUGGCUACUUUCAAAGAUACGAUAUACUCAGUUGAGUUCGAAUCUUCUUUAUCACUUCUGCAAGCAUUCUCCAUUUGUCUGGCGAUGAUAGACUGUGGGAACUCACGCGAACUCUCAGAAUCAAGUAUCUUAUUUGAAGCAAAGACUUCUGGAGAAUCAAAGUUAAUGCAUAAUGAUAGAUUGUGGACUCCUAAUCUAGCUGAAAGAGAGGCUCCUGCAGAACAUGUAACUUGUCCGCCACUUUCUCCUUUUGGAAGGGUCUAGCUCGUUAGAUGUGUAAAUGUUAUCAGGUAUACAUUUCCAGGCCCGGCAAUCCCAUUUUACUCUUGUUGAUCGGGACCUUUCUCAGAUAGAUCCAGAACCUGAAGGACCUUUUGUUUUUAGAAUGCUCUGUUCUUUAGUGGUCAAUCUAUACACAGAGCCUAAGGUCUUUGUAGCUUUUAAUAUUUUUUUCCUUAACAAUAGAGGCAAAAUAUAGUAUGUACUUCUAAGAAAACAAGUGUGCAUAUACAUGAGUAAAUUGUGUAAAA